AUGACCGCCGGAACCUUGACCAGCGAAGUCGCCGAGGCAGAGACAAUUGUCAUAUGGGACAUUGAAGGUUGUCCAAUCCCGGAUGGUCUGAAUCCGAGUAUGGUUUCGCAAAACAUCAAAACGGCGCUUGUGAAUGCUGGUUAUCACGGUGCUGUCUCUAUCAACGCCGUUGCUGAUGACACAACCAGUCAUGUGACUGCUGAUGAGUUUGAAUCAGCCGGAGUGAAGCUCACUCUCGUACCCGAAGGAAUGAAAGGAAAGGCACAUGCGAGAGCUCGUGCGAUGCUAUUAAAUGUCCUGAUGGGCUGGAUAUUCAAGCACCAAGAGUCAACGAAUGUUAUGUUCAUAUCUAAUUUCAUCAGGAGCUUCGGAGUUGGCAGUUAUGCAAGUACAAGGCUUAAUGUUCUUGUAUCACAGCCUCAGAUCCCAUCACCGGAGCUUGUUUGUGACGUUGGCGAUGCGAGGAGUAUAUGGAGUUGGGAAAAUCUGUCAGCUGGAGGAAACCCUUACGAGCAGAGCUUCUUAGGCGUCGACACUUGUCACUGCUGUGGAGUCCGCAUCACACAAGAGGUGCUUCUUAGGCAUUGA